UUUGAUGCGAAGUUUGAUGCUGUCAAGCGAUGUGUAACAAUUUUAGUGCAGCUAACAUGUUAAGCCGAAUGUGUACAAAGUUAAAUUUGUGGAUGACAGCGUUAUUAUUUCCUUCUCUGAUGAUGGAGUUCUACUGAUUUCUGUUUGCUACCAGUGCCAUAUAUCUGGAUCGAAUGUCGGCUACUUUUUUGAAUACCGUUGACGUUACUCGCAAGUAACGUUUAUCUUACAAUAUCAUCUGAUAGCGAAACAGCAUACUUGUAAACCAGCGACAUUAAAAUGUGGAGGUUGAAAACAGUGCAACAUAAAGCCCGACUCCAAAACAGUGGGGUCGAGGAGUUCAAAUUGAAGCGGCGAGAACAAGAGAAAGCACUACGACAAGCCCGGAGAGACCGACAGCUCGUGAGCAAGCGGCUCCUGCUGCAUGAGGAUGAAGAUGAGUGUGAGGAGGAAGGACCGAUGGAUACGCACACCACGCUCACUGGCGACCAGAUGGUCGAGCUGUUGCGUGGACUGCAGGGGGGAGGAGAGAAGAAGGCCUCCCAGUUCAGGGAGCUCAGGAGAGCACUCAAAGACACCAACCUCCAGCUUAUCUUCAUCCGACUGGAGAACAGCAUGCGUGUGGUGGUGGGUCUGCUCUCUGGACUAGAUGCUCAGUGUCGUGUGGAGGCAGGGAAAUGUCUGCACACACUCUCCCACUCUCCGUACACUGAGGUCGGGAUGGCCUGUCUGCUCACCACUCCCUACCUGCUCACCUACCUCUCUGGACAGAGUGCCAAGUUCACGGAGUUGUGUCUCUAUACUCUGGGAAAUCUGUGUCCUGAGAACGAGGUGAUCAGAGACAAGCUGUUGGCACAAGGGAUCAUCCCGGCACUGGCUCAGUGUGUCCAGAAUCACAGUGGCACUCUGGCAGUGCUGGAAGCCGUUGCCUUCACGCUCUCUCAGCUUCUACAGGCCAAAGACGCUGAGCAGAAGAUUGUACCGUUGGUAUUGACCUCUGGCCUGACCUCUUACCUUAUGGCAGGGUUGAACUCUGAUCCUGAGUAUGGCAUAGGGGCAGCCAUUGAAUGUGCCUGGUGUCUGCACUAUCUGAGCUGCAGUGAGACGCACUCCUCCAUGCUGGUGAAUCAGGGUGCUCUAUUACAAUGCAGUUCCCUGCUGGUGACUCUAGGGAGAGCUGUGGCUCACGGAGAGUCUAUGGAGGGUUUGGAGCUUCUUAUUUGGCCCCUGCUGCGUUGCCUGGGAAACCUGCUCGCCCGAGGUGAUGCGUACGAGGAGGCAGGAGUGCGCGUCAGCGACUGUCGUCUCCUGUCGGCACUAUGCGUGUUUGCCCAAAGCUUCCUGCACACACACCCAGCCCUGGCCAGAGAAGGCCUCUGGGUUCUCAACAACCUCACUGCGGACUCUGCGGUGUGGUGUUCUGCCGUGCUGUGCAGUGGUUUGGUUCCAGUGCUCAUUCAGCUCAUGCCCUUCUCACAGGGGAUCAACAGCAUGGUGCUGAGGACUCUGGGUAAUGUGGCACAUAAGCGGACUGCGUUCUGCCUGCAGCUGGUACAGGCAGGGCUGCUCCCCGCCCUUUGUGCCACACUCAAGAUGGCGGAGGCGGAGGUUGUGACCUUGACCUUGGAGGUUCUCCAUAUGCUGGUGGCCAGCAGUCCACGGGUGGCAGAGGAGUUUAUCCAGCUGAAGGGUGUGUCAGUGCUGGAAAUGAUGUUGUUCAACAGUGAAGAGUCCCUCCGUCUGCGAGCAGCCUGCAUCAUAGAUCAGCUGCCUCAGCCAGUGGUGGAUGGGUAGGAUAUUCAAAAGCAUCCACAAUGUCCCAGUAAAAACAUCUUCCUGCAUUCAUCUUCAUCGAAAAACUCAACCCAAUGAGUAAUGUUUACAUGGUAAAUUAUAUAAUAUUUAUCACAUUACAUGAUGUGCUUUUUAAACAUUUCAAUAAUGAUAUUCUCUCUGGUGUAUAAAUUAUUAUUUAUCAAUGAUCAUGAACUUGUUAAAGGAACAUCCACAACCACAAUCCACAAAUGAAUGCAUUUUAGAGGACAAACUGCUUUACAUUUUGGUAAUGUUUUAAUAAUAAUAAUAAAAUAAAAUAAAAUGACUUAUUGUAGCUGUUGUGCUUUUUCAUGCCUACUGAUGCUAACAUUGAACUGGCAGCUAAAGAAA